AUGUCAGAAAUAUACUCAUUCAACAAAGAUGACCUGAUUCUCGCCGUUUUGGCCUUCUUCAUCCCACCUCUUCCUGUUCUUAUCCGCCGCGGGUUGCGCAAGGACUUCUGGAUUAACUUCCUAUUGUGCUUCUUCCUGGGCUUCCCCGCUAUGUUCCACGCACUUUAUGUCAUCCACAAGUCCAGCCGUGAACACCCUCUAAACCGUGGCGACAGCGAGACAGACUUGGAGGCUCAGGCGCACCUGACCGCUCCAGAAGCCUCCAAGGACUCCGAGCAGGAGGAAGCCAGAGAGAUCGACGAGGUCCCUCCAGCCUAUAACCAGGUUCCCACGGGAACUCCAGCGGCCCACGCAGCUACUGACAACAAGAUUCAGCACUGA